AUGUUGGUGUUGGAGCUGAUGUUUGUGUCAGUUCAGAGUUCAGAUGUAGGAGUUGGUACUGAUGUAGGUGUAAGUUCAGAGGUUGGUGUUGGGACUGAUGUUGGUGUUGGAGCUGAUGUUGGUGUCAGUUCAGAUGUAGGUGUUGGUACUGAUGUUGGAGUUGGAAUAGAGGUUGGUGUAGGUAAAGAUGUUGGUGGAGGUUCAGGAGUUGUGGUUGUUGUUGUGGUAUAUGUUCCAGGAGGAAUAGAUGUUGGUGUUGGAAUUGAUUAUCCUAUUGAUACAACUCUCUUUAGGGUAGUGGUUAUUUUUAUCCAUGGCAGAUUGAAAAUAGAGCCUUGA